CUGAAUGUGUGUUGAAACAUCCCUAGUGAGAGGUUACUGAGUAGACGGGAAUAAGUGCGUAACUUUUUUUUUCUGGUUUAUUUUUCUUGAGAGUGAUUUCUCGUUAAAUUUUUCUUUCAGCUCUGUGAUUUGUAAAUCGUUCUACAUCAUUGGGAACAGCCUAAAGACAAGGGCAGAGACACGCAGUUGUCCCCGAUCAGCUAUCCACUUCAUUUUUGGGGAGGAAUUUACAGAAAUAUUAAUACAAUUCUGGAUCUGGUCGUUUGUAAAGAAAGUAGACUACCGAAACGAACAGAACACAGCAGUAACAUGGUUUUCAUUCAUCUUGCCAAUUGAGUCUUUUGCAAGUGCCUUGACUGCAGACAUCGAAUUGAGAGGAGAUUCGGGAGAAGUCGUCGAGGGUUCAUGGACAAAGAGUGGAACGAAUAGAGCCAAUGAUACGAUAAGUUUCAUCUACAUGCGUCCACUUUCUUGAAUGUGACAGUGGGGACAUAGGACAAGAUCAUAGGACAACUCCGCUAUAUAAUUGUAUAGCCACUAUAUGCAAUAUGUUCUAGUGCUAUAAAGGAACGUUUUUCCUAGUAUGAAAGUUAAUACUUUAUUGACUAUUCUAGAUUUUAAAAACGGAUGUUUUUUAUUUGUAUCGACUUAUUCCAUGAGUCAUUGACUUCCCACCGUCAGUCAGUCAAAGCGAGGUUUUCCUUGUAAUAUUGUGACCACAUUUUUUUUUCACUCAUUCCCCAGUGAAACUGGUGUUUGAACUGUUGUCCGUGUCAGAUGUGGUCAGUGUUGCGGCCAAUGGGUACACGGCCCAGCUGACGGUGCCAGUAAAUCACCAGUUUAACCUUUUUGACACACACAACCGAAGGAGUUCGUUUAUAUUACGGAUAUUCUGGAUGCCAUUAUGGAGUUCAUAUCCAGUCGCAUUGCCCCACUUUGGCUGGUCCUGCUGGAGUGUUUGCUUCUGUCGACAGCAGAGGAAGAGGUCCUGAUGAACACUAAGACAGAGACGUCAGAUCUCAGAUGGACCGUCUACUCCCAUGACAACCCUCAGUGGGAGGAGGUAAGUGGUCUGGACGAGGAGAACAACAGCGUGAGGACCUAUCAGAUCUGCCAGAUGGAUGGCGCCUCCAGCCAUUGGCUGCGCAGCGGGCUGAUCCAGCGGCGGGGAGCGUCCCAGGUGUACGUGGAGCUGCGCUUCACCAUGAUCGAGUGUUCUUCCAGAGUCACACACCACCGCAGCUGCAAAGAGACCUUCAACCUCUUCUACUACCAGGCCGACUCUGACGAGGCUACACCCACUCACCCAUCCUGGAUGGAGAACCCCUAUACUAAGGUGGACACAGUGGCUGCAGACUUCCUGCUGAGGAAGGGCGGGGAGCGUAAGUUCAAUGUGAAGACCCUGCGGCUGGGGCCUCUGUCUAAGAGGGGUUUCUACCUGGCCUUCCAGGCCCAGGGAGCCUGCAUGGCCCUGCUGUCUGCCAGGGUGUUCUUUAAGAAGUGUCCCGCCCUGGCCAGCUCCCUGUCCUCCUUCCCUGAGACCGUGCCCCGCACCCUCGUACAGGAGGCCCAGGGGGUGUGUGUGGACAACGCUGCCCAGCAGGGGCCCCGGACACGCACACCUAAACUCUUUUGUGGAGAGGACGGCCAAUGGGUGGGCCAGCCCACUACCUCCUGUGGCUGUCUGCCCGGGUACGAGCCCGCCGACGGACACACCCGCUGCUCAGCCUGUUCUGUGGGUCAGUUUAGGUCUGGCUCGGGGGGCCAGUGCCAGGCCUGUCCAGGGUUCAGCCAUGCUGUGGUGACAGGCUCACCUGUGUGUCAGUGUCGUCCAGGAUACCUCCGCGCUGACUCUGACACUCCAGACACCCCAUGUACCAGACCCCCCUCUGCCCCACGCAGCAUCGUGACCCAGAUCAACGACACCACUGUGACUCUAGAGUGGAGCGAGCCCAUGGACAGCGGCGGCAGAACUGAUCUGAGCUACUCUGUGGAGUGUUCCCUGUGUGGGUCCCCUAGGGGUCCGUGCUCACCCUGCGGGGACAGUGUCAGCUACAGACCCUCUCAGCGAGGCCUGCUGGGCCGCAGGGUGGUGGUCUGGGGCCUCAUGCCUCACACCACAUACACCUUCUCUAUCCAGGCCCUCAACGGGGUCUCCCCUUUCAAUGGCAAGGGGGCACCCAGCGAUAGAGUUAACAUCACCACCAGUCACGAGGUUCCAGUGCUGCUGUCUGUGAUCAGGAAGAGUAUCUCUACAGAGAGCAGUCUGACUCUCCACUGGUCCGUUCCAGCCCAGCCCCACUACACCAUCCUGCAGUACCAGCUACGCUACUGUGAGCCGGAGCGUCGAGGUCAGGAGCAGUUGUGUAGCUACAGGGAGAGUGACAGUAACCAGGUGGUGCUGAGUGAUCUCCGCAGGGCCACUCAGUAUGAGGUGCAGGUUCGGGCUCGCACCAUGGCCGGCUACGGCAGCUUCAGCCCAGCAGCCUCCUUCAGAACCCUGCCUGACGGGGACGACUCUCCAAAUCAGCUUCUGAUGACCGGUGUCCUUAUCGCCAUGGGGAUGCUUCUGCUCAUCACUGUCGUCACUGUGGCUGUUUUCUGCAUACGCAGACACAGUAGAAUGAAGGACCCAGAGCUGAGUGACAAACAUGGACAGUACCUCCUGGGCCAAGGAGUCAAGGUCUACAUUGACCCCUUUACCUACGAGGACCCUAACGAAGCCGUACGGGAGUUUGCCAAGGAGAUUGAUGUUUCCUUUGUGAAGAUCGAGGAGGUCAUUGGUGCCGGGGAGUUUGGGGAGGUGUGUCGGGGCAGGCUGAAGGUCCCAGGGAAGAAGGAGAACUACGUGGCCAUAAAGACCCUGAAGAGUGGCUACACGGACAAACAGAGGCGGGACUUCCUGUCGGAGGCUAGCAUCAUGGGCCAGUUCCAGCACCCCAACAUCAUCCACCUGGAGGGCAUCAUCACUGCUUCCUGUCCCGUCAUGAUCCUCACUGAGUUCAUGGAGAACGGAGCGCUCGACUCCUUCCUUAGGUUGAACGAUGGUCAGUUCACUCCCAUCCAGCUGGUAGGCAUGCUGCGUGGCAUCGCGUCGGGCAUGAAGUACCUGUCUGAGAUGAGCUAUGUCCACAGAGACCUGGCCGCCCGCAACAUCCUGGUCAACAGCAACCUGGUGUGUAAGGUGUCUGACUUUGGCCUGUCCCGUUUCCUCCAGGAGAACUCCUCAGACCCCACCUACACCAGCUCUCUGGGUGGUAAAAUCCCUAUCCGCUGGACCGCCCCAGAGGCUAUCGCCUUCAGGAAGUUCACCUCAGCCUCCGACGCCUGGAGCUACGGCAUCGUCAUGUGGGAGGUCAUGUCGUUCGGAGAGAGGCCCUACUGGGACAUGAGCAACCAGGACGUGAUCAACGCCAUAGAGCAAGACUACCGCCUACCGCCGCCCCCUGACUGCCCCACCCACCUCCACCAGCUGAUGCUGGAUUGCUGGCAGAAGGAGCGCUCGGCCCGCCCUCGCUUUGCCGCCAUCGUCAGCGCCCUGGACAAGCUGAUCCGCAACCCUGCCUCGCUCAAGAUCAUGGCCCAGGAUGGUGCAGGGCCGUCCCACCCCCUGCUGGACCAGCGGGCCCCCCCGGCCCCCUCAGCGUGUGGCUCCGUGGGGGAGUGGCUGAGGGCCAUCAAGAUGGAGCGCUACGAGGACAGCUUCCUCCAGGCUGGAUUCACCUCUGUAGACCUGUUGGCCCAGAUCACUGCUGAGGACCUGCUGCGUCUGGGAGUGAUCCUGGCUGGACACCAGAGGAAGAUCCUGUCCAGCAUCCAGACUCUGACCAUGACCAAGAGCCCUGGAACCAUACGCUUCUAACCCCAGCACAACUCACCUUGACCCCUGACCUCUUGCCCUGACCCAACACAGACACCAGCACGCACACACCACACAGAACAUCGCACACCCAUGGACCUAUCCAGCACCCUGUGGUGCUGCACCCACGCAGUUCCUCACCCUGGCACCAGUCCCUUCUUAUACAUGAAGUCCAUCAGUGUAGUGACAGAGCCUCAAUACGAACUUAUUAUAGAUGACCUUCCCUACAAGCUGUUCAACCUGUUCUUAUUGACCACCGAGCGGUCAGUCAGGCCUGGUGCUGGGGUCUGGUGGGAGACUGCCUCACUGGCUAGUUCACCCUCACUCCUCCUCUGCUUCACUGCUUGAAUGUUUACCUGUGAUCCUGAACACACUGGUGAUACUAGUGGAAGCACAGAUCAACGCCAACCUAAGGACUAUAGCUUUUCUAUUGGUGUAUUUCAUGAUGAAGAAUAUGAACUAGCCAGUAGCAGACUACGUUACUGAAACAUGGUGACACUUUCACAAAUGUUGUGUCUUGGAUUAUUCAUCCAUGUGGAUUAUAUGAUGAUGUGAUUACAGCUCUUUCAACGGACUGGAAAAUGUGUGUUUGGACUCUUAUCGGAUGGGCCUCACGUUUUCCUUUGGUUUUCAAAAUGCCUUGCCUUUCCUCAGGUGUUAUGGGUAAUGUAGGCAUUUAGACCAGAACAGACUGUAGUCAUACAAGCCUUCCUCUCCUCAUCUUCCUCAGUGACUGUGCAUGACUCUCCUGGGUCAGCUGUGUGGGAGGAGAGCAGGACUGAGAUCAGCACUUUUAUAGACUGAGCGGGGGAGUUGGGUUUUUUAGUCAGAGAUAGAGCUCUCUCUGUCUGACUACACCUCUGCUCCUCUCAGAAGCUGCAGCACUUCCUGUGUUUCUCUUGGGGUAUGGCUGGUUGGGCAUUUCCACUUCCUGUUGCUGCUGGACUGGGCAGCUCACUUCCACACACUCAGACUGAAGGAGGUCCCUGACCGUGGUUAACGAGACCAAGAGAACACUGCUUAAGUAUUUUCUAAUUGGACGACUUGACCUGGACAGACAUCAGCCUCUCAUUACUUGGUUGAUAUUAUUGUAGGUGUGUUUCCGUCUUGCUCGAGUGCCAUUUGAUCUUCUAUGUGAAUUGAAAUCAAAAUGCCUUUUCUAUAAAGCGGAAAGCCCUCCCAGGGUGAUACAAUUAGAUCUACCAUACAAAGUCCCUUCAGAUGCCACCAGUUUCACAUGUUUAUGUUUGGGGAGAUUGUGUGCUUCCUUGUUAACUAAAGGAUUGUGGGUAAGUGGUCUUCACAUUGAGGAUCUGUUAUGAAAACAGGGACCUAUCUUUUAUAAAGUUGCCUUUUAAAAUAUUGUGUAGAUAAGUAUGUUUUGAUUCCCCCAUCCUUUCUGUGUGUAAUGUGUAUUCAGUCACAAUAAAGACACACACCAGUGUUUAUCA